UCGAGUCUGGGAGGAGGGAAAAAAAAGUUUGGGAGGCGGUGGAAAGCCACACCCCGCCGUGCCCGCGUUUCUCCAGCAGCGGACGAGCUCGCCAGGCAGACGCUGCCGAGAUGCGGAGCCCACUGCAGCUGCUGCUGGUGCUGCUGCCCGCCGCCCACCUCUUCUGCUCGUGCAGUGCGGACCCCGGAAAACUCCGUAGGCCCCAGUUUCUGGUGACGGCACCUGGGAUCAUCAGGCCUGGAGGAAAUGUGACAUUAGGAGUAGAGCUUCUGGAACACAGUCCCCCACAGGUCACUGUGAAGGCAGAGGUGCUCAAGAAAGCGAACAACCUCUCCGUCUCCGUGCUGGAAGCAGAAGGAGUCUUUGAAAAAGGCUCUUUCAAGACACUUACUCUUCCAUCUAUACCUCUAAAUAGUAAAGAUGAGAUUUAUGAGCUUCAUGUCACUGGAUAUGACCAAGAUGAGAUUUUGUUCUCCAAUUUCACUCGCUUAACAUUCGAGACCAAGAGAAUAUCUGUCUUCAUUCAAACAGACAAGCCCCUGUAUAAGCCAAAGCAAGAAGUCAAGUUUCGUGUUCUCACCCUUUUCCCAGAUUUUAAGCCUUACAAAACUCCUCUAAACAUUCUGAUUAAGGAUCCAAAGUCAAAUUUGAUUCAGCAAUGGUUGUCAGUACGAAGUGAUCUUGGAGUUGUUUCCAAAACACUUCAGCUAUCUUCCCAUCCGAUACUUGGUGACUGGUCCAUUCAAGUUCAAGUGAACGACCAGACAUAUUAUCAGGCAUUUCAAGUUUCAGAAUAUGUAUUGCCAACAUUUGAAGUGACUUUGAAGACUCCAUUAUACUUUUCUUUGAAUUCUAAGGAUUUACAUGGUACUGUCACAGCAAAGUAUACAUACGGGAAGCCAGUGAAAGGAGAGGUGACACUUAGAUUUUCACCUUUAUCCUUCUGGGGUGAGAAGAAAAAUAUUAAAAAAAGUUUAAAGAUAGAUGGGUCUGCAAACUUCUCUUUUAGUGAUAAAGAAAUCAAAGAAGUAAUGGAUUUCUUGGAUGAACGUUUUGAGUACACGCAUGCAUCUCCUUUUGGUCCUAUAGAAAUUUUAGCCAUAGUGACAGAAUCACUCACAGGUAUCUCAAGAAAUGCAAGCUCCAAUGUCUUCAUUAAGCAACAUGAUUACGUCAUUGAAUUUUUUGACUAUUAUUCUGCCUUGAAGCCAUCUCUUAACUUCACUGCCAAUGUGAAAGUAUUCCGCUCUGAUGAUAAUCCACUGACGCUCGAAGAGAGAAAAAAUGAUGUAGUCAUAACAGUGACACAGUCCAAUUAUUCCAGCUAUUCAAACAGAGAGCACAGUAGUGAUGAAAAGACAGUGGUCCAGACCAUAAAUUACACUGUGCCCCAGAGUGGAAUCUUUAAGAUUGAAAUCCCAGUCCUGCCUGAUAGCAGUGAGCUACAAUUGAAGGCCUCAUUUCUUGAUAGUGUAAAUAAAAUGAAAGUUAAUGGCAUGUUUAAGUCUCCUAGUAAAACAUACAUCCAAUUACAAACAAGAGAAGAAGACAUAAGGGUGGGAUCACCUUUUGAACUGGUGGUUAUUGGUAACAAGCCAUUGAAGGAUUUAAGCUAUAUGGUAGUAUCCAGGGGACAGCUGGUUGCUGUAGGCAAGCAAAAGUCAACAACCUUCUCCCUAGUGCCAGAAAACUCCUGGGCUCCAAAAGCCUGUGUGAUUGUGUAUUAUGUUGCAGAGGAUGGGGAAAUUAUAAGUGAUGUUCUAAAAAUUCCUGUUGAGCUUGUUUUUAAAAAUAAGGUAAAUCUGUUCUGGAGCAAAGCUAACGCUGAGCCAUCUGAGAAGGUCUCUCUUCGGAUCUCUGUGACACAGCCUCACUCUCUAGUUGGAAUCGUCGCUGUUGACAAAAGUGUGAAUCUGAUGAGUAUGUCAAAUGAUAUUACGAUGGAAAAUGUGAUCCAGGAGCUGGAACUUUACAACACAGGAUAUUACUUAGGCAUGUUCAUGAAUUCUUUUGCAGUCUUCCAGGAAUGUGGCCUCUCGGUAUUUACAGAUGCAGACCUGGUGAAGGAUUCAUCCGAUGGUACUUAUGACACACAAGAUUUUCCUUGGAGAUUCGACACUGAGUAUGACUUGGAAUUAGAAGAGUCUACUGAAGCUUCUUCAGUUGGCAAUCCACGUGUCAGAAAGCAUUUUCCAGAAACUUGGAUUUGGCUUGACACGGACAUGGGUUCUAGAACUUUACAAGAAUUUGAAGUUACGGUGCCUGAUUCCAUCACUUCUUGGGUGGCAACUGCUUUUGUGAUCAAUGAUGAUUUGGGACUUGGACUAACAACGACCCCAGUGGAGCUACAAGCCUUCCAACCAUUUUUUAUCUUUCUGAAUCUUCCCUACUCGGUUAUCAGAGGUGAAGAAUUUGCUUUGGAAGUAACCAUAUUCAAUUAUUUGAAAAAUACAGCUGAGGUUAAGGUAACCAUUGAGAAAAGUGACCAAUUUGAAAUUCUAAUGACGUCCAAUGAAGUCAAUGCCACAAAACAUGAGCAAAUCAUCCUGGUUCCCAGUGAGGAUGGGAAAACUGCUUUUUUCCCUGUCAAGCCAACACAAUUGGGGGAAAUUCCUAUCACUGUCACAGCUAUCUCAUCUGUUGCUUCUGAUGCUAUCACACGGAAGAUUCUUGUGAAGGCUGAAGGAAUAGAAAAGUCAUAUUCACAGUCUGUUUUAUUGGACUUGACUGACAGCCGUCUACAAGCCACCACGCAAACUUUGAGUUUCUCAUUUCCUCCUAAUACAGUGAAUGGCAGUGAAAGAAUUCAGAUCACAGCAGUUGGAGAUAUUCUUGGUUCUUCUAUCAAUGGAUUAGACUCACUAAUUCGUAUGCCCUAUGGCUGUGGUGAACAGAACAUGAUAAAUUUUGCUCCAAAUAUAUAUGUCCUGGAUUAUAUGACUAAAAGGAGACAACUGUCAGAAAAUUUAAAAGAAAAAGCCCUUUCAUAUAUGAGACAAGGUUACCAGAGAGAGCUUCUUUACCAGAGGGAUGAUGGCUCUUUCAGUGCUUUUGGAAAUGAAGAUAAAUCUGGAAGCACUUGGUUGUCAGCUUUUGUUUUAAGAUGUUUCAUUGAAGCUGACCCUUACAUAGAUAUUGAUGAGAAUGUACUACACAGAACAUAUACUUGGCUCAAAAGACAUCAGAAAUCGAAUGGUGAAUUUUGGGAGCCUGGAAGAGUGAUCAACAGUAAGCUUCAAGGUGGCACUAAAAGUCCAGUAACGCUUACAGCCUAUAUUGUUACUUCUCUCCUGAGAUAUAAAAAGUAUCAGCCUAAUAUUGAUGUGCAAGAUUCUAUUAACUUUCUGGAAUCUGAAUUCAAUAGAGGAAUUUCAGACAGUUACACUUUAGCCCUUGUAACUCAUACACUGUCAUUGGUGGAGAGUUUGAAAGCAAAGGAAGCUUUGGAUAUGCUCAACUGGAAAGCAACUCGAGAAGGAGAUGUCCAGUUCUGGGCCUCAUCAGUGCCCAAACAUCCUGACUCCUGGCAGCCCAGCUCCCAGGAUAUUGAAGUUUCGGCCUAUGCUCUGCUCUCACACUUCCUGCAGCAUCAGGUUUCAGAGGGAAUUCCAAUCAUGAGGUGGCUCAGCAGGCAGAGAAAUAGCUUGGGAGGCUUCGUAUCUACCCAGGACACUGUUGUGGCCUUGAAGGCCCUGUCUGAAUUUGCAGCCCAAAUGAACACAGAAAGAACAAAUAUACAAGUGAAUGUGUCAAGGCCAACUUCACCAAAUCCUGUCAAGUUUGAGAUUGGAACACAGAAUCGCUUUGUCCUGCAGACAGCAGAGCUUGAAUUGGCACAGCCAGUUGAAGUUGAUAUUUCUGCAAAUGGCUUUGGAAUUGCUAUUUGUCAGCUCAAUGUUAUUUAUAAUGUGAAAGAAUCAGAGUCUUCUAGAAGAAAAAGGUCCAUCGAAACUCAAGAAGCCUUUGAUUUAGAUGUUGCUGUUCAUGAGAAUAAACGUGAUACCAAUCACUUGAAUCUCAAUGUAUGCACAAGGUUUUUGGAACCAGAUAGGAGCGGCAUGGCUCUCAUGGAAGUUAACCUACUCAGUGGUUUUGCUGUGCCACCAGAUGCAAUUCCUCUGAGUGAAAUAGUGAAGAAAGUGGAGCAUGAUCAUGGAAAGCUCAACUUAUAUUUAGAUUCUGUAAAUGAAACCCAGUUUUGUGUUGAUAUUCCUGCUGUGAGAAACUUUAAAGUUUCAAAUAUACAAGAUGCUUCUGUGUCCAUUGUAGAUUACUAUGAGCCAAGGAGACAAGCCGUGAGAAGUUACAACUCCGAAGUGCAGCUGUCCUCCUGCGACCUCUGUGGAGACGCUCCCGGCUGCCUUUCCUGUGAGAACAGAGCGUUGGCCACCUUCUCUCCUUCCUUGAUCCUUUUUGUUUUGCCCUCCAUGCUUCUACUCUCUUCGCAUUAUUGGCUGUGAUGGACUUUUUAAGGACCUGUUGUAACAUUUAGAAGUCACAUGUGACUGUCUCAUUUUUAUAAUCAAAGAUUGCAUCUAUUUUGAGAGGCCACUCUUUUUCCCUUUCUGGGUUUAUAGGAUAGCGGGAGUGCAAAGAGGGUGUACCCUGUGUCCUAGUAUGUCUGGACUCUGGGUGAGACAAAACUACACAGAAUGAAUGACAGAAUGAUUGCGGUUGUCUGCCUUGUCCCCGCCUCUUAACAUGUUUUAGGACUGCGGUGGGUGAGGUGGGGAGUGUUUGUUUUCUCCAGAAUAGAUGUUUCUGUUUGGGGUUUUUAGAUUAGCUAUUCUCUUUGCUUUUUAGAAGACAUGAACCUACUUUCUUAAACAUUUUGCACUGGUGUUGGUUGUAGUAUUCAAGAUGAAUUUCCUGGGACUCCAGAGAAAACAACUGGAAGAAAGAGCUUGUUCCCUUCUCUUUGCGUAUCUGCACUUUUCCCUACAGCUCACAGGGCCUCAAUAUCACUGUUGAUCUUUUUUUAGAAAUCAAAUAUUAGUUUUUUUUUUCUUUCUAGGAUGCAGGCAGUGAAAAAAAAAACCCCAAAUGGUGGUUUAAUAAAUUUAACAAAAAAUAUUUUUUUAAACUGUAGAGGCCAUACCACCUGGUGCAAUGCUGUAAUUGAACUCAGGGCUUUGAACAUGAAAAGCAUGUGACCUCCUGCUUGAGAGUCUCAUCCUGAACCAAAAUGGGGCCUGAGAAAGAGGUUGGGGUUUGAUGGGAUCAGAGUGUUAACAGUUCUGUUAAUCUAAAGUAUUCAGGGCUUUGCCCAGGAUCUGAUAGAAACUCUUCUAAGGAAUGGAGUUUGGGCAUCAGACUAUCAGCUACCUGGUGACAUGGAAUGCUUGCUCUCAGUUAUUCAGAAGAUUCUUGAAUUUUGAGCAUCUGAGUCAUUGAGCAUUUGUAUUCAGAAGACUGUUAUUCAUUUGUCUGGGUGUCAAUUUUAUUUUAUUAUUGUUAUUAUUAUUUGGUUUUGGGUUAUAUCUGGCAAUGCUCAGGGGUUACUCUUAGCUCUGCACUCAGGAAUUACUCCUGGUGGUGCUCAAGGAAGCACAUGUGAUGCUGGGCAUCAAACCUGGGUAGGCCACAUGCAAGGCAAAUAUCCUACCCACUAUACUAUCGCUCUGACCCCUGGGUGUCAAUUUUAAGGAAAAAUUCACUUUCUCUCUUUUCUUUCUCUUUUAAAAAAUUCUCUCCAUUCUUUUAUUUCUUCCUUUAAAAUGUAUUAAAAAAUUUCAGAUAUAUACCAAAAGAAAAAAAACCCAAACAAAAAACUAAAGCUCUCUUACUAAACCUAAGAAGAAAUGGUUAAAUCUUGCUUCUUAACUCCAUGGUCUAGCUCUCAAGUGGACAUCAGAAAAAUAAUUGCUGUGGAUUCCAAAAAGACUGCAUUAUAAUAUCUCUAACUGUAUAAAAAUGAAUCUAUCAAAAUAAAGCAUGUAACAUAUUUAAAGCACAUUAAAAUAUGUCUUGUCAAUGAAAUGCUUCCUUUUACUAUAUGGUUCCAUUUUACGCCUUUCCAGAUAUUUUAAGAUUAGUGCCUUUGAUUUAGUGUUUAUGUUGCAUUUUAAUCUGUGAAACAUUCUGCCAGAUAUACAUCUGUUUUCUAACAUUUUGUUAUUUACAUAUGCAGUAGCAGUCCUAAAUUUUCAAAAUUGUAAACAAUGUCAUUUUCUUUACUCUCAUUCAUUUUUGAAGGGGGGCACACCUGGUUUUAUCUGGGCUUACUUUUGGCUCUGGACUUAGGGAUCAUUCCUGGCAGCCUUGGGGAAACAUACGGGUUGCCUCGUGAAAGGCAAGAACCUUAUCCACUAUACUAACUCUUUGGCCCUAUGUAUAUUCUGGCAAUAUACUAAUUACCUUUAUUUUGAAAAUAUUCAAUAGCUGCUUUCAACACUUCUGUACUAGGUAUUUAAAACGUUUGGAGCUAUGUUUUUUCUUCAUCAUUUUCAACAAAGCCGACUUAUUAACCUGCUGGUAUAUAAACUGGGAUUCUUAGUAAUAAUCUUAAAAUUGAUUCGAGUAUCUUAUAUUAAUUUCUACAAAAAUGUGUUAUAAAUACCUCUCUGGCUUUUCUAGCAUGAAGAAAGUUGUGAGUUUGCCGAGCUGUUACCAUGGCCUAUUGUACUACCUGGUAUAUAUCUUGGGGUACAUCAGUUUUUUUGCAUGUUGCAAAUUUGAGGCAGAGUAAGUGCACUAGCUCUUGGAGAAGCUUCAGAAUCUUUUCUACUCUGAGUAGAGGCUUCCAUUAGAAGUCUAUCUACUAAUUUUUCUUUGUUUUCAGAUUCCAGUAUAACACAACACCUCAGAAAACUUACUGUUCUGUCAUUAAUUCAAGUGUUUUAUAUAUAUGUUCAUAUGAAAUUUUAGGACAGAGGUAUUUUGAAUUUCCUUAGGAGUAAUUUGAAGUGCAAUUAUUUUGAUCACUAGAUUAAAUAGAGAAUUCUUUUUCCGUUUUAUUCAAGAAACAGUAGUAAGCAUACUUUUUUCAAUUUAAUAAAUUUAUUAAGUCAUCAGUUUAUAAACAUGCAUUUAAAAUGAAAUAUGUUAUUAGAGUUGGAGGUUUGUUUCAAAUCUGCUUCUAGAUAGUUGUGUUUUCAUUUGUGUUUUCAAUUGUGCUUCAAAAAGACAAUGUCAUGUCUCACAUUCCAUAAAAUGUCAUUUUCAUUUCAGUGAUUGUGAUCAAGGAUUCCUAUUUGAUAAAUUAUUUCUAAUUUUCUGGCUUCUAAUGGCUUUUAUACAUUGGUGUGUAUCUCUGUAAUGGGGAUGAUAUUGAUAUAUGUGUUACUACUCUUUAAAGAUUAAUUUUAUCUUCAUGUUCUCAUGAAGUCACAAUUGUAUUGAAUCAGUGGUAGAAGUUAGUUUUAUAUUUCAUUUUUAGAUGCUUGGGAUUUAUCUUUGGUGAUGUCAAUGGAGUAUGAGUCUUUUUUGACCCUUCAAGACUUUAUGUUUUGGAAUUUUAGUAGAGUGCAGCUGAUGUAGCAGAAUCAAUUUCUUAUGUAUAUUAGAACAAUUUAUAAAAUUGUAUUCAUAAAUCUUCUAUUUUGGUAAACUCUGUUGCAUGUAAGAAUACUGUUGAAAUAAAAUGAAAUAAAAUGAUAAAAUGACAAAAUUAAAGCAUUAUGUGUUAAGGUGAUACUGCACUUAAAAUUUGAAAAUAAAUGUUUGUUGUUAAUUGUACUUUAUUUUGUAGUUCAAAGGAAAUCAUGGUUUAUCAAUAAAACUUAUUAAU